AUGAUCAGUUGUCCAAUUGGUGAGAGGAGAGUCUUGUUUGCGGCAAAGCAGGAGUCCACGCGGAAGGAUGUGGACCGGGCUUUUGGGGUGCUCCAAUCGCGGUGGGCAAUCGUGAAAGGUCCGACACGUUUCUGGUACAAGGAAGUCAUCGUCGACGUCAUGUAUGCGUGCAUCAUCAUGCAUAACAUGAUAGUCGAACAAGAAAGUGGACAUGUCACCGAUUGGGUGGAUGAUGAAGCCGGAUCUAGCUCCAGCACGGCGACCUCGCCUGUCACUCGAGGAUUACCGAUGGGCUUCGGUGCGGUUCUACAGCGAUAG